UGAUAUUGAAACAUUUUGCGUGUGUUCUACCUGUUAGUACAUUACUGGUAACUAAUACCACCGUUAGUUUUUACAAACAGUUCCCUGUGUUGCCCAGUUAUUAUAAAUCAUGAGGGAAGUGCUUCAGUGCUAGCAUCGACAGCUAACUUCGGCUAGCUAGCUAGCUUAGUUCGGCAAAAGAAGACAUCGAAGGCUUUCUGCAGCUGAAGGGUUUUCUUCUCUUCUCCGUGAAUCGGAAACGUCUUCGAUUCCAUAGUUAGAUCAAGUUUGGAUACAUCAGCGUCAUGUUCCAUGGGAUACCAGUUACAGGAGGUGUGGGAGGAGUUCCGGCCAAUAAGCCUGAGUUAUAUGAGGAAGUGAAAUUAUACAAGAAUGCAAGAGAACGAGAGAAGUAUGACAACAUGGCAGAGUUGUUUGCGGUUGUCAAGACCCUUCAGGCCCUGGAGAAGGCUUACAUCAAAGAUUGUGUCACACCGAAUGAGUACACUGCUUCCUGUUCCAGGCUGUUGGUUCAGUAUAAGGCUGCUUUCAAACAGGUUCAGGGCUCCGAUGUGGGCUCCAUCGACGAUUUCUGCAGGAAAUACAGACUCGACUGCCCACUAGCCAUGGAAAGGAUUAAGGAGGAUCGGCCAAUCACCAUCAAGGAUGACAAGGGGAACCUCAACCGCUGCAUUGCAGAUAUAGUUUCUCUUUUCAUCACUGUGAUGGACAAGCUGAGACUGGAGAUCAGGGCCAUGGAUGAGAUCCAGCCAGACCUGAGGGAAUUGAUGGAAACCAUGAACAGAAUGAGCAACAUGCCUCCAGACUCAGAGGCUAAGGACAAAGUCAGCCUCUGGUUGACCACCCUCAGCAGCAUGUCAGCCUCAGACGAGUUGGAUGAUAACCAGGUGCGCCAGAUGCUAUUUGAUCUUGAGUCGGCCUACAAUGCUUUCAACCGCUUCCUCCACUCCUCCUGAAGCAUCCGUCUGAAAUUCUGACUUAAGUUGAACACAAAACACUCUACUUUCUCCUUCUGGUUAUUGGCAGGGAGUGGCUUUAUAUCUGUACAGGUUCUCAUAUCGAUCCAAUUCUUUCCUGUCAUGAUUCACAUGUCCUUUAUUCAUGUUAACCAUUUAAACUUCACCGCCUUGUAUACUUCACUGUCUGGUACAUCAUGCAGCCGUGCACACCAGGGUCGCCCUGUGAUGUGCCAUUGGCCUCUUUUCUAUUUCAAGUUGUGAUAAAUCUUUUAACAUUGGCUGUUUAUUCUAUUCUGCCCGUGACAAGUUUACUUACAACUUUGUACUGUAAUAAUCAAUAAAGUAAUUUUAUACUUAGGUUUUGCAGUGGACAAAGAGCCAUGAUACAACAUUGGGUGAAGUCUGCAUAUGAUAAGGUUGCAACAGCUUGUUUGGGAUCCAAUUAAAUUCCCUGCCACUUGGGGUUAAAUUAUGCUGUAACAUUUAUUCUAUCAGCAAUGUGUUAAUGGCAGAAUCCUGCUAUAGCUAAUGCUGACAGUUCAUGGAAAAUGAAUGCAACGAUAUUUGAACUUAGGUUAAACCGCACUUUAAAAAUCAUUUAAACUGGUGAAAGUGUACAUUUCCUACAACGUUUCAACAUCUAAUCCAUCUUUCCUUUUAGUGAGGCUUUGUCACUUAGGCGAAAGCAAGGUGCACACAUCCUUGGGGCAGGGGCAUAUUAAGUUCAUUGUAAAUAGUUGAUUUUCAAAUGUAACUUUUUAGAAAUAAAGAAUAAUCUACCUCCAA